CUAAUCGUAGUUGCUUCGUUUCGAUAUCUCUGCCUCGUUCUCCUGUGCGCCGGAAGCCCCUAGACGGAGAGGCCGAUUCAUCCACCAUGGGUAAGGUGCACGGAUCUCUCGCUCGCGCCGGCAAGGUGAGAGGGCAAACGCCCAAACAGGCGAAGACGGAUAAGCCGAAGAAACCGAGGGGCAGAGCCUACAAGCGGAUGCAGCACAACCGGCGGUUCGUCACCGCAGUGGUUGGAUUCGGCAAGAAGAGGGGACCCAACUCGUCGGAGAAGUAAAGACCGAAGAAUCCGAAACGAAGGCGUUCGGAAGCAAUUUUGAUUUUGGUGUCAUAAGAAUGUAGGGUUUGUCGGUUUACAUGAUCUCCUUUUUUGCAUUCGGUGAGUUGACGAUGACUGAUGGGAACCUAAUUUUAUUUGUUAUGGUGAAAUCAGAUUAAUCUUUUGUGGUUUUGGGAA